AGUUCAUCUGCAAACACUGCUCCCGCUCACUCUUUGCCGCUCACUCUGUUUUGUCUCUGUACCACAACUCAUUUCUACCUGAUUCGUGCACAGGAUAAAAGGGGCACAAGACACCAGCACUGAAGUAAGUACAUCUUUCUUUCAUGAAGGUAAAUUGUGUUGUUUAAAGUGAAUAGGAAUUCUCUUGAGAAUAUGAAAAACUUUUAUGCUGAUUUCCAGAAUCAUUGGUUAUAAUAUUGUAAACUAAUUUAUGAGUUAAAAAAACAAGCUUCAAAGAUGCAUUUUUUUCUUAUUUUUGUGAAAUUAAAAAGUAAAUAAUCAAAAUGUGUGGCUGACUGAAGUGAGUGCUUUGUGUGGUGGAGGUCUAAAGGAAUGUGACUCGUGUCCACUCCUGCUCUGCUGCAGGACAGCUGGUGACCGUCAUGUCCUCUCUUUAGCUUUUGUCAGCCAUGUAGAGAUUUACACAGUUUAACCCAAAGCCCCUAUUGAAACUGGUCUCAAAAUAGAGCCAAACAUCGAAUAGAGUUGUUGGUGCUGUAGUUUUUAGUACUCUAAAUUAUUUGUAUCAUCUGACCUACUUCCAAAGAAACCCAUGUGGCUUGACUUGAAUUCGCUCAAGUAGGUUUGGGCAUGGAAGAUACAGCCGCUAAAUAAAUGUCACAGUACCUAUCUACAUAACAAAUUUCUGUUGAUGACAGUAUUGGGUCAAUCUGAUAAAUUUACUCCACUGGGACUCAACCCCCAGUCUUGGCAAACACCUCAAAGGGUGGAAUUACAGUUUACUUAUUCACAAGGGAUGGGUCCUGCUGCCUAUCCAUCGACACAAUGACAAGUUAUGAUUAUUUGCUCUCGAGAGUAAUCUGUUCAAUGCCACCUGUUGGAGCUCCAGACGAAGGCUGUUUGCAUGUGUUUAUAGUACCAGUGCUGUGGGGACCUUGUGCACACAUGAGUAGGCUCGUUUAAGGCGUGUGUCUCAGUAUUGCCAAGCACUCUGUUGGUCAUUGGGGCAUGGAGCCAAGCAGAACAGCUGCUGGGGCUAUAUCCUUUGCUAAACUGUCCCCUCGCCCAGCUUUUGCUGGCAUAUACUGCUGUCACCAGCAUAACUUAAACAGAUGUCUGGCUAAAGUACCGAUUCACUUACUCUGUUGACCUGUUCAAUGCAAGAAAGGUCUUGUGUUUGUUUAACAUGUCUGCAACUGCGUGAUAUGCGUCAACUAUCCUGUCUUACAUUUUCAUCUGCUUUUGAAGGAAUGAUGCAGUCAUAAAGAAGAUUUUUUAAUCUAAAGAGCUGAUAAGAGUUUCAUCAGUUUAACCAAUGGAGGACAUGGAUGAUAAUGUUUCACUGACUGGGUUCGAGCCUCUCUUCAUAAAAGAAGAGGAUGCAGAUCCAGACAGAAACCUCAUGGAACAAAGUGAGCGAAACAAAGCGCAAUCUGGAUUCAGCCUCAUGAAAACACAACUGAAUCAGUCAGCCAUGAUGAAGCCAUACCUACAGGAGAUGGAUGAAUUACUGAGAAGCUGUGAAGAGCUAACAGGUCUUCAUUUCAGCUCCAACUUCUCAACAAGUUACGAUGAAACAAAUCUGACUACAACAACCAAAUGCCACGACAAAGACAAAGUCACAGUAGAGAGCUACCAAGAAACACAUACUUCUCCCCAUGCCUAUCUUUCCACAAGUUAUAUUGACACAGAAAUGGAUGGAGCUGGAGCAGAAGACCAGCCAGCACAAGGUCAGACACAAGACUUGGACCGGAUCAUCAACAGGUGUGGAGUGACCAGAGACAUUACCCGCCAGAAGGGAAUGCCUCUCACUUCAGUGGGUAACAAACUCAGUGACUCCAUGGUUGAGUAUGAGGGCCAGCUUGUGGGGAUGUUGGCCAUGCUUGAGAGCUGCAUGGAAGAGACUGGGAUGGACUUUGAGCCCCAAGACUGGGCUACGGAUACAAGCCAAGAAUAUGUGCACAUCAGUACAAAUGCUAAUCUUCGUAGGGGUACUACGCUGGUUCCCAUUAGGGAAGAGAGGUUAACUAAGUUGGACUCCCAUAUGCUGGAAUUGGAAUCCUGCGCUGGUCCAUAUGAUAGGGGGGAUGAAGUUUCCGAAGAAAUUAGACAUGACAUGACGGCCAGCUCAGGACCGAAUGAAAGCCAGCGGCGCCCUGUGCUUAGAUUUGACAACACAGGCGACUUCUUAAUGGAAACACUUCAAGGGAAUUCAGAAACAGUACAAGAGGCUCCUGAUGGUCAGUUCAGGUUUUCAGGGCCACAAAAUUAUCCAGUGAACUGCGAGGAAACAACAGCAGGGUGUAUGUCUACGAUUGAAGGCACUUACACAAUGGGAGAAAUGGCAGGGACUGAAGUAAACUGUGAAUCUUCAGCUGAGGACACACAGGAGCACAGAAUGGACUCCAUUAAUGUGGGAUCCGGCAUGAAUGAACUUCACGCUCUAGGGUCUCAGAUGGAAGAGUACAUACAGGAGGUGCAGGAACUAGUGAAGAGGAGGAAGGAACUGCUGGCUGAGGUGCUCAAGCUGAGAGGGGAUAAAAGCAGUGAGGAGGAAGAGGUGAGCAUUGAAGAGGAGACAGAGGAGCAGAUUGGUCAUAAAGUGACAGAGUUGAUGAAGGUACUGAAGAAGGAAGAGGAGGGGAGAAGGCAGGAGAGAAAGAAAGAGAUCCAGUGCCUAAAGAAUGAGAGAACGGAGGAAGAGAAAAGAAUAUGGAAGGUAAACUUGGAGAGGCAAGAGCUUCAUGGGGAGCUCAGAAAGCUGAAGAGGAGGUUGUUCACCAUUGCCAGAGACUGUGCUCUCAACCAGCUGGCCCUCAACACCCAGCACCGUGAGGUGGAGCUGCUGAAGAGAGAAGAGGUAAGAAACUCCCCAUGACCCUGUACAUGUCUCCAGGUUCCAAGGGAAAUCUCUUCAUAAAAAUAUCUUUUUUAUUUUCCAUCAAGGAGAAGAUGAAGUCGCUAGAGCACCAGCUGACAGAAGAGCGCACCAAACUUAAAGCCGCCCAACAGCAGCAGCUCUUAGACCUACAAGCAGAGAUUCACGCCCAGAGCUCCAAUCAGCCCUUAAACACCACAGAUGAGAUGACCCAGUGCAAGAGGCACUCCUGUGGGGACAUUCAGCAGUAUCUGCAGGGUGGGCUGAAAGCACUGGAGGACAGGUAUGGUCUCCAUUUGGUACGGUCAAAAAAAUCUGUUUUAUUUUUUCACACUACUAACAUGUUCUGUUUUACUCUUAAUGUGGUUGUCUUCACCAGAUAUGAACCCAUUUUGCUUGGAUUGCUCAAGAGGAGAGAGGUAACUGCUGAAGCGCUGAUGAAAGCCAAAGAACAGGCCCAGGAACUAAAAACCCAGCUGAGACCCCUGAAGGAGGAGAUUCAAAAACUGAAUCUCCAGAGGACUUGUUUGGAGGAAAAAAUCAAAUUAUUGUACAUGCAGAGGAGAGAAGACGUGGGGCAGUAUAAGGUAAACAGAAUGGCAUGUUGUUUUGUUUGUGUUAACCAGAAAAACAAAUUUGAGGGCAAAGGCAGGAGAUUGUGAUGCUUAUGACAUUGACAAACUGCUCAAGUGUGUGGAAAGUAAAAAGAAAGGUUGUGUAUUUCUUACAGGAGAAAGUUUGCACCCUGGAGGAGUGCAGCAGAGAGCUAGCGCAUGAGUUAAGGAUUCAGAAGAGGAAAACACAAGAAAUAGAGGAGCUGAGAGACAGUCUAACCAAACGCUUACUCCUUUACAGGUGAGAUUUGUUUCUGCUCCCACAUUUAAAAUGAUCUCUGAAUGUUUUGUUUUUUUUAAAUAAAAAAGCUUUUUCUUCCCUACAGGGCAGUCACUAAGGACCACAAGUGUGAUGAUGAGCAGAAAAACAGUGAUUGAAUGUUUUAUUUAAAGAUUUCUGAGACAAUCAUGUUAUUUUAACACAACAUUGUGAACUCCUAGGUUCCAUUUAUGCACUUUACAUAUAUAACGAGACAUGCAGUUGAAAAAAUGUAGAUGUUUUUUUUAGCCACGAGAUUAAGAAUAUUGUUGCCUGUACGGUUUUUGUCAUGAAUAAAGACUUUUGUUUGCUGUAAUCCGAGUGCAACUGAUGAGUUAAUGUCCCUGCAUGAAGUGCGAAGAGGGUUCUGUACUUAUAAGGGCAACAUGGCUGAAGAACUAAACAAUGGGGGAAGAGUUAUAAAUUGAGAACAAGUUCUGAGGAUAGGAAAGCACCAGGACGUCAUGCCAGAUACACAAAGCUCUUAGCAAAGUGCCUUCAGCAUUACCAACUCCUUCACUUAUAAAGAUUACUUUGUGUUGUUAAAAAAUAUUUCCAGGCUGAGCAAGACUCUGAUACUGUUCUUCAAAUAUUUAAGUAGGGUAUUCAAACCGAGAAAUGUCAACAACAGUACAUCAAGUGGACCAAUGGACUAAUGAAACAUUUUUAUUAAGAAUGCACUCACUGUACAAAUAUUGAACAUAUAAAAAGUUCAACCACUAAUCUAUAUCACAAAAACA